AUGAGUUUAUUUCUGGAUUCUUACACCUGGCUGACUCACCAACAAGAAGUCCAGGCCUUGAAAGCUGCGACGGAUGAAGUAACUCAGUUGGAAUAUUGCUCAGUUUAUCUGAGCACCGACUCCUCCGGGCUGAUUCACCUCGGUCCUGAAGCGCUGUCACCUGAAGAGCCGUGCAAAGAAGAAUCUGUAAAUACCUUAGAAAACUCUUCAAGUGAUGAAUACCUUUCCGAUGACAAUGAUGAUCCAGCCUACAUACCCGAGCGUUCAGUGGAGACACCAGUAUGUAAUAUUAAUUUGCGCCCACGUAGAGCUGUCCAGUAUGCAGAGAAAGAUGACCAUGAUGGACGGCAUAAAAUGUUAAAAGUGUUGCUGUACGUGAGUAUACCAAAUUGGAUAUUGGAUAUAUUUCUAGCAUUUCUGGGUAUAAUAACGUCAACGUAUAGCAUUCUUCUGAGAAUUCCGCUUAUUGCUGGACUCAUAUACGACGGUUACAACAUGAUUGCUAUAAGCAGUGAAUACAAAAGAAUGACUGGAAAAUUAAAACCACGGUAUAAAGAUAUUGAAGGUGAUUUGAGGAACCAACCUUUGACUCAGUACAGUAGUAUACAACGUGAGGACUUCCAAUACAUUGGACCACACUGUAGGACUUGCAAGUGCUAUGAACCAGUUCCAUCAGUCCAACCAAUCGCCAUUCCACAGACACCUGAUUCAAUACAAAGUGAUACGGCGCCAAUGAUAAACAAACAUAUAUGCAAUUUUGAGCUUAACUAUGCUAUAACAGGCGUUUUGAAUCUAGAAGAUGUAGCACAGGAAACAUCAACAGGAUGUAUACGACCAAAUACAUUAGAUUUAAAACUUAAUACGACUGAUGAUGAGAAGAUUGUAGUUACAGAUGAACCUGUUAUAUACGACGUUAAUCAAUUAAACAUAGGAACGAGUCCAGUUAUUGAAGAUAAGGAACUUUAA